GCGCCUACUAGCCUGGCGCAUCCUAGGCAAAAUUGGAUUACAUCCGUGGGGUGGUUUCCCGGUUGAAACACCCGGGAAUCAAUAUGUCUCCUGAUUCCUCUGAAAACGAGUCAAGCGGCGGCUCCAUCCCGUUUGAGUCAAAGAAGACGCAAGCCAGCGAUGAUGAAGUUUCCAAUAGCGACGAGGAGGAGGACGUUUACGUUGUCGAAAAGAUUGUCGACCACCAAUUUAAAAAGAACGGCGCAUUGUUAUUGAAAGUCAAAUGGAAAGGAUACGAUGACCCUGAUGAUCAGACUCUAGAGCCGGUGGAUGGGUUGCUGGAAGGCGCAACUGAAGCUGUGGAAGAGUACUUUUCCUCGAUAGGCGGUCGACCUCAGCCCCCAGGGAAACAGGGCCCAGGUAGAAAACGAAAGUCAUUGGGGGAAGCGAAGUCGACAGCGACGCCCGAGCCCAAAAAAGCGAGAAAAUCGAGGGGUAAGGCGAACGGCAAAGAUAACCAGGAUACACUUGCUGAGAAUAACGAAAAUAUCAUCACCGCUGAUUCGAUUACGAAGGACUGGCUGGAAAAGGAUGUUCAAGGGAUUGAGACCAUCGUGCCAGAUGAGAACGAAAACCUAUAUGUUUACGCGCGCUUCAAAGAUGGCACCACGGCCAAGAUAGCAAUUCAACAAUGUUAUGAGAGGAUGCCGAUGACGAUGCUUAAAUUCUAUGAAGCUCAUCUCACAUUUAAGGGUUAGGGACGAGAUUACCUGGUAAACCCUUCAUGUGGUUGUACCAGAUAGCGACAGAAGGCACCACUUUCUCUAAUCGAUCAUGUUUUACUCAGGUUGCGGAUGGCGUAUACUUUGGUCCGUCGUUUUCGGGAGCAGGAAGUAUCUGUAUUUUGGUUCUCUGCCUGUUUGGCUACGGACGCUUUUGAUGCUAUUAUUAUAUUGGUCAUUCU